UUAUAAUGGGGUGCUGAAAUUCAAUACCAAAAGAGCUCUUAGACUCUGACGUUCCAUUCUACGAGCUUAAUAUACACGCAAAGAUUUGGAGUAGAGAGUCACAUGGUCUAUUUGAUUACUACAACCAAAGUUUUAAAGAAUUUUCUGCUGAUAAAUAAUGGUAACUUUUUCCUUCAUGGAGCUGAUUCACAACUCUAUUGCCUUCUACCAAGCGUGAAGCCAGAUGAUUCUAAUUCUACUAAUUUACUAUCAUUCGCUUAUAAAUAAAGGUCGAUAUUGGGUAUAUCACUGAAGAGAUUUUACCACGAGGGAAUCUUUAAAACAACCUUCUGACCAGCCAUGGAUCUCUCUCAAGCAUAUAAACCCAAAAAGCCAUUCUUCACGAUAUGAUCCAAAGUAUGGCUACAGGCUGAAGCAAGGAGACAUAAUCAAAUUCGGAAGAGUCAGAUUCAGAAUUAGCAGAAUAAGCUCUGAGAAGAAUUCUACUAAGGAAAAUCGAGAGGUUCAGACUGAGAAUAAUCAAAUUAUAAAGUCAGAUGAAAGUGACAAUGAUGAUUCUAUGUAUUUUGAGAAGCAACUGAGAGAAGAAGAAAUCAAUAAUAUUAAUCUAUCAGGAGUUGAAAUCGAUAGCGGUGGCCAUAACGACGUCCAUUAUGAUAAUAAAUCUGAGAGCAGAAAAAUUAGAGAUACCUGCAGAGUGUGCCUUUCUCUAGAAGAUGAUCCAGAUGAUCCUCUUAUCACCAUAUGCAAGUGAUCUGGCACUAUGGGGCUCAUUCAUCUCGAAUGAAUCAAGGGUUGGCUCGAUAGUAAACUGCAUAAAUAAAUUUGUUCCUCAUACUUUCUCCUAUAAUUGGAAAUAAUCUGAGAUGAGAGCUUUGUAAAGAAAGACUCAAGGAUCGUUAUUAUAUUCAAGGAAAACCAGUACAUCUGUUGAAUUACAAGCGGCCCCAGGAAGGAAAAUAUAUUACACUUGAAUCAUUUACAAAUACCCCUCACAAAACCAUUCAUGUUAUUAACUUACAAGAAAACUUAGAAGGCUAUUCAGAAGAAAUGUCUUUUCUCAUCGGCCGAGAAAACAAUGUUAAUAUUAGAAUUACAGAUAUUAGUGUCUCAAGAAACCAUGCUCUCCUUACUUACAAGGAUGGAGAAUUUUAUGUGCAAGAUACACAGAGCAAGUUUGGCACAUUGAUCUUAAUGCAAUCUCCAUUUCCAAUACCAUACACGGAUCAAUGGGAUUUAACCCUUCAAAUUGGAAAGAACUUGAUAAAUAUCUCGCCGAAAAUCCUGCCAAAAGGAAUUUGAGAAAAGAGUAAUUUCGCAGAAAUACCUUUGCCAAACAACAAGAUUUAUGAUGCAUAUUCAGCUCUAUACCCAAAAGUGAUGAACAAGAAGUUUGGGAUACCCAUAAAUACCCCAAAACCAGUAGUAAAGCCAAUAGUUGGCUUCCAGCUUAGAUCUCAGCGUAUAAAAUCUCGGAAUACUCCCCUUGUCAAUAACUUGACUCCUUCAAAUAUGAAUGAGGAGAAAAAGUAUAUUCAGAAUAUACAUGAUAUCAGGAGUGAGUUGAGGAAAUUUAAUCAUUCAAAGGACUCAACUGCUUUAUUCCCCACUUAUCGCGCUAAUGAUACUGAACAUGUUAUGACGAUUGAGAGGAACCAAGAUAACUCACCUCUAAGAGAUGACAGAAUAAGGACCACUCUGAGCCAUGAUACUCAAACUAUUUCUACAAAGAAGAUUUUACGGACUUCUUCCAAGGCUGAUAGCACUAAGUCUCGGUAUUAGGCUCU